AUGGCUAGCCGACCCGUAUACCCGCCUUCUGGAGGUCAAGAAACCCCUCGCAGCGAAGUGGAUUUCGACUUAGCCCUUCAGCUCCAAGAGCUCGAGAUCAACACCCUCAAGGACACCAUCGCCAUGCAUGUUGAGGCGACCAAAGACCUCCGCGACACCAUCGCCAUCCAAAAGGAAGCGACUCAAGACUUUCGCGACGUCAUCAAGGACCUUCGGGAACGCAAUGGCGACCUUCAAGAGCGCAACGGCGACCUUCAAGAGCGCCACAGCGACCUCUCUGCCAAGAACGCGGCCCACGUCGACCAGCGAAACGAGCUUCAAGAGACCAAGAUUGAACUGGCAGAGCUUCGGGACGACUAUCAUGAAGCUCGCGACAACUGGAACCGCAGCGAAGAGCUUGUUGGUGAGCUGAACGACAAGGUCAAUGAACAAGACGAUAUCAUCAAGGACCUUCGACAGCAAUACUCAAGCUUAAGCACCACCUACCAAAAGCAUAGUCUCUAUGUAUCUCGGGUCUCUGCAGCGUACAAGGCCGAGAGUACGGCGCUCCGGAAACUCAAGAACGAGCAUGAGGAGCUUCAGGCCACCCUCACGACCAAGACUGGCGAGCUUAGCGCUGCUAUGAACGACCUCUCUGCCGCAUACGAGGCCAAGGAAGCAGAGCUGGAAGAGCUGAAGGAUGAACUGCAAGAGCUUCGCGACCACUACGAGGAUUACGAAGAGCGUAUGGAAGGGCUGACGACUAAGACCAAUGAGCAAGACGAGACUAUCGCUACGCUCAACACGAAGGUCAAGCAGGGUGAAGUUGACAUCGCGAAGCAGCAGGGAGAGGCAGAGGCCAAUGUCAAGCAGCGUGAUGACACCAUCGCGGAAUUGGAGAAGCGACUUGCCAAGGCCAAGAAGAGUGCAGCUGUCAACGGGCUUCAAGAUCAGGCCAAGAAAGCCGAGCUACAAGAGCUCAAAGACGAGCUGAAAGUGCUUCGCGACGACCUCAAGGGCGACGUGCAGCUCAUGCAUGGGCUGGAAAACCAGGUCAAGCAGCGAGACGAGACUAUCGUUGAGCUAAACGCCAAGGCUGCGCAGCAGGACAACGCUCUCGCCUGGUCUGACCAGCAGAUCCACGAACAAUAUGACACCAUCACGGACAUGAAGAGGAAACAUGCCGAGGUCGAGAUGAGUGAACACGCCAACUCGCUUGAAGUUGAGCACAAGGAAGCAGAGCUGAAGGAGCUUCGUGAGGGGUGUGAGGGUGACAAGAAGACUAUCGCUGAGCUGAACACCAAGGUCAAGCAGCGGGAUACCGCUCUUGCGCAUUCCAAGGGGCAGUUACGUGGACGAAUUGAUGAGAUCGAUGAGUUCAUGGAGCAGCUACGACGCAAGGGCUUUGUCAAAGAUAACUUGUAUGGAGUGCUCGACCUCUUCUGA